UUUUCUGUGGCUUUCAGUGUAGCUUUCACUCUAAGCUUGUCCGCUGGAAGUUGUCCAUUGGAGUUUUGAUUGAUAAUGCCUGAGUUGUGCGUAGUAAUCGCGAGUGUAUUACUGUCGGUUGCAUGUGCAGGACGUAUCUAGAUAGCUACUAGAUCAUACCUGGUACGCCGGCGUUGUGUCCAACAGUGCAGGACAGCAUGUGCUCUAUGAAGGAGCAGUUACGAGUAGUUACGGAAUGACUGCGAAGAGGCAGAGUGAGAUAUGCUACGGCCCGGGCGUUGCAGCGCUCUGUCUGUGGUACUGGAUGGGAUAGAAUCGAGAGCCCGCAAAUCACCUGCGGUGAGCUUGGGUCCAAUAUGGGUGCGCCUCGAACCGCUAGACGGCGGCAGAAUAUCUGAUCAAUUUACGGCCUCGUUUCUCGUGUGAUGGACAUGAACUCACUUCAGUACUCUCUGCUCUUAUUAUGGUUUUUGUACUACUACUCUGGAGAUGCUGGAGUAAUAUGUCACGACACAGUUCACAGUGCAAUGAGACUGAUGUUAGACUGGUUGAUGGGCGGCUAUCUGAUGCCAAUGGUAGAGUGGAGAUAUGUUUCAAUGGUUGUGGGGUUCAGUGUGUGGCGACGUGUGGGAUGCCCGAGAUGCACAGUGGUGUGUAGACAACUAGGAUAUGAUGGAUUUUCUAUCUCACUGCAAAGAUAUCCUGUUUUGACAAAUGAAUUGUCAUAUUCUAUCCUGGACAAUGUUUGAUUGCAGUGGAGAUGAAGAUAGGUUAAGUGAAUGUGAACACAAUGAAGUCGGUGUUCAUACUGUGUGUAAGAUAUGAAGAAGCUGGAGUUGAAUGCAGUAAUUAUCUGAAGUGCAAUGAGACUGAUGUUAGACUGGUUGAUGGAGAAACACCACAUGAUGGUAGAGUGGAGAUAUGUUUCAAUGGGUUGUGGGGUUCAGUGUGUGAUGACCUGUGGGAUAUCCGAGAUGCACAAGUGGUGUGUCGACAACUGGGAUAUGAUGGAUCUUCUACUGCACUACAACAACAUCUCGUUAUAUCAAAUCCAUCAGUAUUAUUCUAUUACCUGGACAAUGUUGAUUGCAGUGGAGAUGAAGCUAGGUUAAGUGAAUGUGAACACAAUGAAGUCGGUGUUCACAACUGUUUUGUAAGAUAUGAAGAAGCUGGAGUUGAAUGCAAUACCACUCUAGAGCAGGAAGUGUGCAAUCAUACUGAUGUUAGACUUGUGAAUGGCAAUACACCACAAGAUGGUCAAGUGGAGAUAUGUCUCAAUGGGCUGUGGGGGUCAGUGUGCAGUAAUAGGUGGGAUGUCAAUGAUGCUAAAGUUGUGUGUGGGCAACUUGGAUAUGAUGGAUCAUCUUUCCCACUGCUACACCGUAGCAGUUAUUCGAGUUUGUCAUCUACCAUCUAUCAUCUGGACAAUGUUGAAUGCAGAGGAAACGAAACCACGUUGGUAGAAUGUGACCACAAAAGACCUAGCUACAAUUGUUAUAAUAGCAAAAGUGGAGUUAGAUGCAACUCCACUUUAAACGUGGAGUGUAAUGAGACUGAUGUUAGACUAGUUGAUGGGCUAACGCCACAUGAUGGUAGAGUGGAGAUAUGUCUCAAUGGUGUGUGGGGGUCAGUGUGUAAUGACCUGUGGGAUGCCCGACAUGCACAAGUUGUGUGUCGACAACUGAGAUAUAAUGGACCAUCUUUUCCACUGCGGCACACUACCACUUUAACUGUGUCACCAGCUUAUCAUCUGGACAACGUUGACUGCAGAGGAAACGAAAGCAUGUUGAGUGAUUGUAAACACAGGGGAAUUGGCGUGCACAACUGUUAUCCAGGCAAAGAAGCUGGAGUUACGUGCAACGACAGGGAAUGCAUUGAAAAUGAUGUUCGACUAGUCAGUGGCAAAACAGGAGAUGAUGGACAGGUGGAGAUGUGUUUGAAUGGGACAUGGACCCCAGUCUGUAGUGAUAGAUGGGGCUACAGACAGUCUAGUGUAGUUUGUCGACAAUUGGGGUAUAAUGGACCUUCGUAUCCACGAGUGAGGCAGAGAACCAGGUUACAGAAUUAUUUGAUUGCUGUAAAUUGUACUGGUGAUGAGACCAAGCUCAGUGGGUGUAGUCACCGCAAAGUCAGUGUCUGUUAUGGUGGAACGGCAGGAGUGAUAUGCAACAAUGGGACAUGUGAUGAAGGAACAGUCCAUCUGGUAGGAAGUGAUGAUGUUUCCAGAGGCAGGGCAAUCUACUGCCACAAUGGAAGCUGGCAUUCUUUGUGUCGUGAUCACUGGAACUCCACUGGAGAAGAAGCACAAAUUGUCUGUCAAGCUUUAGGCUAUGAUGUUUCCCAAUAUGCAUCGACCUUAGUUGAUUAUGGUCGUGGGACAAGUCCCUAUCAUCCAAUGUGGCAGUGGGGAGAAUGCACUAAGUGACUGCUCUAAGCUGGACGACAGUCAAUGCAGGGAUGUGGCAGGGGUUGACUGUAUAGCUCCUUGUACUACUCGAGGUCUGACAGACUAUAGGCGGUGCACUUAUUAUUAUGGUUUUUCGGGGUUUGGGUUUGAUUACUGUAGCUGUAGCUCUCGCUGCUUUUCAUAUGGUAACUGCUGCUCUGAUAUCUCUGUUACAAAGAACUGCUUUGAGAAAGAGUGCAAACAUGGCGAAGUUCGUCUAGUGGGUGGAGUAACAAAUUCCACGGGAAGACUGGAGUUCUGUGCCAAUGGAGUAUGGGGUAGAAUCUGUAACAAGCUGGAGUACUGGGGUCCUGAGAAUGCCAGAGUGGUGUGCCGCCAGCUGGGGUUCUCUGAAAAGGGUGCAUACAUUCUUGAUUAUGAGGACAGAUUUGGGACUAGUAACAGAGCUGCAGUCAUAGGAGAGGUCUACUGUAAUGGAACAGAGCCAGAGCUACUGGAGUGCUUUCAUGCCAGUAUUGGAUCCCAUCGUUGCUAUAGAGGCAGAUAUGUUACUGACAUCAUCAUCAGCUGCUAUGAUGAAAACAGAGGUUGUGAGAAUGGAGAAGUAAGGCUACAAGGUGGUGCUGGCUCUUCCAAUGGACAUGUAGAGUUCUGCAAAGACAGAGUAUGGGGGAGAGUCUGCAGCGAUGGAUGGGACAUGAAUGAUACCAUGGUUGUGUGCAGACAACUAGGUUUUGAACCUGAAGAUUCAGCAGUCAUUCCUGGGCCAGCAAAUGCCGGGGAUGUUCCAGUGUUUCUUGGGCAAGUCAACUGUAGCGGCACUGAGCAGUACUUCAAUGAGUGCAGUCACGGGAGGCCACCACCUGCUGACUGUGCUAGAGCGGCAAUUUCUUGCAAGACAAACUCAAAUGAAACUAAGUGUGCUGCACAAACAGAGACCUCCACUUACCCAGCUAGUUACGGAGAGUGCUCAGUGUACAAGUCGGAAACUGGUGUAUGUGAUGAUGUCGUCAGGCCUGACAUUGACAAAGUGUAUGCCAGCUAUAGGCUGGGGGAUCAGAGCACCAUUGCUCAACUACUCCAUAACAACAUCAAGGACAAUGGUACCGAUCAGAAUGAGUACUGCAUGAAGCAAGUGCUCAGAGCUCUCUGUCAUUUCUACCUCCCCCCCUGUGGAAACUCCACCCAUCUGGCCCCUCCCUCCUCCAUCUGCCAGGAACAGUGUCAGAUGGUACAGGAGACAUGUCACACAACAUGGAGCACUCUUCUCUCGGCAUUCGAUUCUGUAGACCUUGUAAUAGAAUGUAAUGAUACUUCCGCGUUGCUGUUCCCAGUUCCACACUGCUGCACUGAUGCUGGGCUUGGUCGAUCUGCUGUCCACCUUCUCCCCUCCUCAACUGUUGGUAUUACCCCAGAGAUUAGCUCAUUACCACAUGAAAGCAAAGGAGCGGUGGUGGAGAUUGUGAUUACAGUUGUAGGCCUCUUUCUACUAGCAGCAGUGGCCAUGAUUAUUGUGGUUUCACUUCUGGUUGUACUGUCCUCCAAGAGACGUAGAAGGAAGCGGUUGGAGAAUAUGCAGCUUGACAUACUAGCUAUAGGUGGGCGUGGUGGUGCCCCAGUCUCAGUGUCGGUGACUGAAGAAAUGGAACCAGGCGAGAAGGGAGAUGCUAAUGCAUCAGUUGCUGGCCCUAAUCCUUACAUGUCAACGGGACUAAAUACCGGCUUGCUGCAAGUACCUUGGCCUAGGACAAGGGUCCCUUCACAUCACAUGAGAGAGCUGGCCAGGGGAAAGUUUCUGGUCAAGAGUGAAGACAUUACCCUGCUGGACAGCAUUGGAGAAGGGGAGUUUGGUGUGGUAUACAAGGCCAGACUGGGACUGUCUAAGAGAGUGGUGGCUGUCAAGACACUUAAAGGUGAGUUUGUUCAGGUAGAAGUGGACAAAUUUGUGGAGGAGAGUCUGAAGAUGAGUCGAUUCAAACAUGGUCAUGUGAUGGGUCUCAUUGGAGUUUGUCUCGAUGCUGGCUCCGCCCCUUACAUCAUCAUGCCUUAUAUGGCCAAUGGUAGCCUUUUGAAGUAUCUCAAGAGAGAGAGAAAUAAUAUCGUUGUUUUGGAUGAAACUGAUGAAGAUGAGCUGGGAGAGGUUCGUAAGCGGCUGAUGGUCAUAUGCUCUCAGAUAGCCAGUGGGAUGGAAUACCUGGCAGCUAACAAGUACGUCCAUCGGGACUUGGCUGCCAGGAACUGCAUGAUUGAUGCACAUUUCGUGAUCAAGAUCACAGACUUUGGUCUGUCGGAGGACGUGUUUGAGAGGAACUACUUCAGACAGGACAGCAGCAGUGGGGAAGUGGUGAAGCUGCCCAUCAAGUGGAUGUCUCCUGAGAGCCUCAGUGACGGACACUUCUCUGAGAAAAGUGAUGUGUGGUCCUAUGGGGUAACGAUGUGGGAGAUAUUCAGUGGAGGGAAGGCCCCGUACCCUGGUACGAAUCCCCUCACUCUCAUGGAGAGUCUGGAGCAAGGCUACCGUAUGCCUCAGCCAUACAAUGAUGCCUGCAGUGAGGCCAUG